AUACACAUACCAAAGAAUUGAUCUAUAUAUGUAUAUUCUCCCUUGGAUGUUCACAAAGAAUAGUUUCUCUUUAAAACAAUGCCUUACUUUGCCCAUGAAUACGAAACCAAACUCCCAUGCUCCCACAACAAAUCCCUCCCAACUCUCAUUAGAGAUAUAGCUUGUGGGCACUGCCAUGGCUCCUGCCUCCGAACCCCGUCCUCAUCGAGCUCCGACGACGACGUCGAUGACUACGGCUUGGAUUUCGAUACUAAACAAGUUAUUCUCAUGGAGAUCAGAAACCGAGCAAUGAAGGCCAAGCUCAACCCCAGGGACUUCGCCUGGUCUCUCCCUCCACCUGCACAUAGAAGAGAAGUUAUCCCUCCCAAGAGGAAGAGAUUAAUCGGAGACGACGAUGAUGACGAUGACGAUGACGAUGAUGAAGGCGAGAGCGGCGACGACGAGGCCUACUUCUCGGUGAGGAGCUGCUUCUCGCGGUGCUCAAGUCGGAGCGCGGGGUCGAUGGAGACGUCGGCAGCAGCAGCCGGGAAGGCCGACCGGCCGCGCACGUUGGAGGAGCUGAUGAGCUGCGAGGGCUGGCCUUUCGGCCUCUUCCGCCGCGCGGCGGCGGCUGCAGUGACGCUGCCGCCGCUGCCGAGCACGCCGGCGGAUUCCUGGAUGUGGCAUAAGAGGAACCUUUUGCAUUACACUCAUUGAGUAUCAAAGGUUUGUUGAGCACCAAACAAAGUGUGUAGUAGUUGGAAAUUUGAGUAUAUAUAUAUAUAUAUAUAUAUUUGUAUUGAAAUUUGAAGCACGAACCAUCGGAUUUUGGAUUUAGCAUAAUAUUAGAUUUGUAAAAAAAGAUUCACAGGUUAAGUGUCUCCCUCAGUAUGUGACAUUAAUGGCUUGUAAUAUUGUAUUUUCCAGGAUUUGAAGUAUAUUGAUACACAAAUAAAAUAAAAUGUUGAUAA